AUGGCCGAAGACCCCCUACCCGCAGCCGAGGCGGUCGAUGAUUUUGAUGACAAUGAUUCUGCCAUCGCGACGGAGGACUUCGAUGACAUGUGCUCGACGACAACCUCGAUCGGCUCGAGUAUUCUGAGAUAUCGACAAGAGAACGGGAGGACGUAUCAUGCUUACAAAGACGGAAAGUACCUGUUACCUAACGACGAGGGCGAAAAUGACCGUCUAGAUCUUCAACAUCACAUGUACUACCUGACCUUGGGUGGUAAAUUGUUCAUCGCCCCUAUUCCAGAGGAACAGAAGCUCCACAGGGUGCUGGAUCUCGGCACGGGGACUGGUAUCUGGGCCAUCGAUUUCGCCGACGAAUAUCCUGAAUCACAAGUCCUGGGCGUGGACCUCAGUCCAAUACAACCCAGUUUUACGCCGCCAAAUUGCAUGUUUGAGAUCGACGAUAUAGAAGAGCCAUGGACAUAUAGGUAUAAAUUCGACCUGAUACACAUGCGUAUGAUGGUUGGAACCAUUUCCGACUGGGAUCGCUGUUUCAAACAAUGCUACGACAAUCUCAACCCCGGCGGUUGGCUUGAAAUCAAAGACAUAAAAUUCCCCAUCGAAGAUAACGACAACUCAUUUCCGGAAGAUUGCUCCAUCAAGAAAUGGGCCGACCUCAUUCUAGAAGGAACGACAAAGCUAGGUCGCCCUUGCAAUACCGCGAAAGACUAUAAGGCGCAGCUCAUAAACGCCGGGUUUACGAAUGUCGUGGAGAUCGUAUAUAAGUGGCCCCAGAAUAAAUGGCCGAAAGACCGCAAAUUGAAAGAACUUGGAAUGUGGAUGCACGAGAACUUCAGCACCGGCCUGUCGGGACUUAGCAUGGCGGUAUUCACGCGAGGCUUGGGCUGGUCCCAGGAAGAAUUAGAGGCAUUUUUAGUAGGUGUCAGGAAAGAUAUGAAGAACACGAAGAUCCACGGCUAUUAUCCAAUCUAUGCGGUAUAUGGGCAGAGGCCGUUGUAG